AUGGGUGUCACCGGCCUGUGGACCGUCCUCCAGCCCUGCGCGCGCCCCAUCAAGAUCGAAACGCUGAACAAGAAGCGGCUCGCCGUCGAUGCAUCUAUCUGGAUAUACCAGUUUCUCAAGGCGGUCCGCGACAAAGAAGGCAAUGCGUUGCGGAACAGUCACAUCGUUGGCUUCUUCCGCCGAAUAUGCAAGCUCCUCUUCUUCGGCAUCAAGCCCGUCUUCGUCUUCGACGGUGGCGCACCGGCGCUCAAGCGGCAGACCAUCAGCAACCGCAAGUCGCGGCGAGAGGGGCGCAGAGAGGAUGCCGUGCGCACGGCUGGGAAGCUACUAGCGCUGCAGAUGCAGCGUGUUGCCGAGGAGGAGGAGAGGAAGAGGAAAGAAGCAGCGAGACACCCGCGCGAGGAGCCUGAGGAGGAGAUACCAGAGAAUGUGGUGUAUGCGGAGGAGACUCUGCAGACGCCGCAGGAGCGCGCACAGAACCGGAGGUUCAAGAAGAAGGACCAAUACCAUCUGCCUGACCUUGGGGGCUCGCUGGCGGAAAUGGGAGGCCCGAAUGAUCCCAGGAUCAUGUCGCUCGAAGAGCUGGAGGAAUAUGCGCGGCAGUUUGAUCGAGGCGAGGAUAUCAAUGUCUACGACUUCUCCAAGAUCGACUUCGACAGUGCCUUCUUUACGAGCCUGCCCGCGUCCGAUCGGUACAAUAUCCUGAACGCAGCGCGGCUCAGAAGUCGGCUUAGGAUGGGCUAUUCUAAGGACCAGCUGGAUACCAUGUUCCCGGACAGGAUGGCAUUCUCGAAGUUCCAAAUCGAGCGAGUCCGCGAACGCAACGAGCUUACGCAGCGCCUGAUGAACAUCAACGGCAUGAACGACGACUUGACGUUCGGAGCACAUGGCACAAACCGCGUCGCGGGUGAGAAGGGAAGAGAAUACGUGCUCGUCAAGAACGAUGGCGUCGAAGGUGGAUGGGCUCUAGGAGUUGUGACAAACAAGGACGAGGGAAAGGCCGACAAGCCUAUCGAUGUGGAUCGUCUGCCGCGCCCUGACGCAGAAGAAGACGAGGAAUGGGAAGAUGAUGAUGAAUUUGAAGAUGUGCCAGUCGAAGGCUUGAAUAGGCUGCCGAAGCCGAAGCCCAGGCCGACUGCCCUUGACAGAGAAGGGCGGGACUUUAUUUCGAAAGAGUUGGCCAAGCGGCGCCAGAAGUUCUACGAAUCGAGGAAAGAGAAAUCUUCGACAACCAAAGCGCGAAAGCCGGUGGUGGUGAGUCGGGACCCGGAUUCGCUCUUUCUGGCAGAGGAUGAGGAUGAGGGAUGGGAGAACGUGCCGAUGGAAGGCCAUGAUGAUCUCUUUGAAGAGCCAAGAGAGGGCAACGCUGAUGAGGAAGAGGAACAGCUUCAGCAGGCCAUCGCUCUGUCACUACAGGAGGAUGGUCAAGAUGAAGAGUCAGAAGAAGACGUCUACCGCGAGGUCUUCCAACAAGAGCGAGCAAAAGAGACCAAUCCAUUCGGCCCAGCCAAAGGGUCUGGACUAGCGAUUGCGCGGAUGGCUAACCAACAAAGCAGCAAGUUAGCCACUACUGGGCCUUUCGACGGUAGCGAUAGCGAAGAGGAUGAUAUGGACUUGCAAGCGGCAUUGGCUGAGUCAAGGAAGUCGAAACGAGCUCCAACGGCUAGAAGUGCAGCACCAAGGACACCUCUUAGAGGCUCUGCACCUGCCACUAAACCCGCGCCCAAGUCCACAAACGCACCCGGCUUCGACGGCCCUCUACCGUUCGAGAAGUUAAACUUGGGCAACUCCAUCCUGGGCAGGAAGAAAAUGCAGAAGAUCGAACAGGAAAAUGCAGGUGGCUUCGAAAAGAAUCUAGGCACCCAGAAGAACAAGACUAGUGAGUCAUUACCGCCAUGGUUCAGUGGUGAACGCGACCUUCAACAGGAGCUCAGCGCGCAACGAGAGGAAGAGAAGCAAGAUUGGGAGCGAGCACGGAAGGAAGACGAAGCACAAUUCCAGUUCCAAGAGCUUCCGCGCUUGCGCAAACACGACACAAGGGAAGUCAUUGAUCUGGAAGCACCUGCUUCGCAGCAGAAGACUAAAGAAAUCGUCACAGUUGAUUCGGAUAAUGACGAUGAUGAGGCGAUGGAAGAUGUUAACCUAGAAGAUACGAAGCUCCGUAUGGGAGAUCUUGCCGAUAAAGUUCGCGCAGAGCCGCCUCAACCGUUGUCGAAUGGUCAGAAGUCGCCACCACGGCAGGAUGUGAGGUUGACUGCGAAAGCUCCGUUUGCGCAUGACUCCGAUGAUGAACUGAUCGAAUGGUCUGCAAGCGAGCCGGAGGACGAGCGACCACCUCGCGCAGGUUCGAAGCUGGCGGAACAGGCAAAAAGAGCACCUUUACCAGAGCCGAAAUCUCCUUCGCCUGAAUUCGAGGAUGUCCCCAUGCAGACGGGAUUAGGCUGUGCUGCAGAGAAAGCAAAAUCACCGUCUCCGGAGUUCGAAGAUGUGCCAAUGGAUACUGAGCCGCCAGCUCGUCCUCGACGGGAGCCAUCUCCAGGAAUCCUAGAAGGGCCUGCGGACCUGGAGGUUCCCAUUGUACCUCACAGUGGCCUGGCGGACGACAACGCCCCUCUCGACAUACUAGACAACGAGUCAGAUCAAUACUCCGACCCCGAAGACGCCGACCUCUUCGCCUCACUAGCUGCAGAAGCUGAAGAGCACGCUCGCUUCGCCCAAGAACUCAACAACAACACCACCGCUCGAAUCAACUUCGACGAAGAGCUCAAGCAACUCCGCGCCCAGCAAAAGAAAGACCGCCGCGACGCCGACGAAGUUACCCAGACCAUGAUCUCAGAAUGCCAGCACCUCCUCACCCUCUUCGGCCUCCCUUACAUCACCGCACCCAUGGAAGCAGAAGCCCAAUGCGCCGAGCUCGUCCACCUCGGCCUUGUCGACGGCAUCGUAACAGACGACUCAGACACGUUCCUCUUCGGCGGCACCCGUGUCUACAAGAACAUGUUCAACGCGGCCAAAUUCGUGGAAUGCUACCUCGCCAACGACCUCACCUCCGAAUUCGCACUCACCCGCGAGAAACUCAUCGCCGUCGCGCAGCUGCUCGGCUCCGACUACACGCCCGGCAUCCCAGGCAUCGGGCCCGUCACCGCGCUCGAAAUCCUCUCCGAGUUCCCAGACCUGAACGACUUCAGCGAAUGGUGGGCCGGCGUGCAAAACGGCACCAUCUCCAAAGACGCAGAUAAAUCCUCCCAAUUCCGCCGCCGCUUCCGCCGCUCCCAAGCCACAAAGCUCUUUCUCCCCACCACCUUCCCCGACCCCCGCGUCGCAGAAGCGUAUCUCCACCCAGACGUAGACUCGGAUCCGGAGCCGUUUCAGUGGGGCGUGCCCGAUCUCGCGGCGCUCAGGACUUUCCUCUCCACGCAGAUUGGCUGGAGCUGGGAGAGGACGGAUGAGGUCCUCGUCCCGGUUAUCAAGGAUAUGAAUCGCAGGGAGAAGGAGGGUACGCAGAGCAAUAUUACGAGGUUUUUUGAGGGCGGCGUGGGGGCCGGCGCGUUUGCGCCGCGGAUUAGGGGCGAGCAGGGUGCUGGUGGUGGUCGUGGUGGGGGUUUGUUGGGCAUGAAGAAGGGAAGGAAAGUAGCGGGGAAGAGGUUGGGGGCUGCGUUGGAGAGGUUGGCGGAGAGGGACAGGGUGGAGGGUGGUGAUGAGGGUGCGGAGCCGGCUGAGGCUGAGGUCGAAUCUACCGAUGGCGCGAAUAAAAGGAGGAGAAGACGUGCGAAGAAAGCAGCUGCAGCGCCUGAAGACGACGACGAGGUAGACGAGCUCUACGCAGAUCCGGAGCCAAGGAAGAAGAAAGCUAGGAAAUCAAAGAAGACGAUAUAG